AUGCCAACCGUCUACCUCCUCGACUACGUCGCCGGCAACGUACGCAGCCUGGUCAAUGCCAUCGAGAAGAUAGGCUACCGUGUCGAGUGGAUCCGGUCACCGGAGGAGGUUGUGCAUGCUGAGAAACUCAUCCUCCCGGGUGUGGGCCACUUCGGCCACUGCCUGUCCCAGCUCUCUGCCGCUGGCUAUCUUCCCGCCCUCCGCGCUCAUAUCGACGCUGGAAAACCGUUUAUGGGCAUCUGCGUCGGACUGCAAGCCCUAUUCUCCACGUCCGCCGAAGACCCCAACUGCCCUGGACUCGGCCUGAUUCCGGGCGCGCUCGACCGCUUCGAUGAUAGCGCAAAAUCGGUCCCGCACAUUGGGUGGAACAACGCCUCCUGUUCCACGAAUCCGAACCUCUACGGCCUGCGGCAAGACUCGAACUACUACUACGUCCACUCGUACAAGUAUCCGUACAAGAAGGGGGAAUUAGAGGAGCUCGGGUGGGCCGUUGCGACGGGAACAUACGGGGGUGAGACUUUCGUCGGCGCUGUGGCCAAGGGCAACGUCUUCGCGACACAGUUCCACCCGGAAAAGAGCGGCGUUGCAGGAUUAAGGGUGCUCCGCGCCUUCUUGGACGGAUCGGGAGCCAAGGCCCUCUCAGAGGACCCGCCACAAAGAGUGAACGGCGGAGUUGAUGAGAUGAUUGCCAGGGAAGGACUGACCAAACGUGUGAUCGCGUGCCUUGACGUACGGACAAACGACCAAGGGGAUCUCGUGGUCACAAAGGGGGACCAGUACGACGUCCGUGAGAAGUCUGCGGAUCGGUCAGUCCGGAAUCUGGGCAAGCCGGUUGAGAUGGCCAAGAAAUACUACGAGCAAGGGGCAGACGAAGUCACGUUCCUGAACAUCACCUCGUUCCGCGACUGCCCUGUUGCCGACUUACCAAUGCUUGAGAUCCUGAGGAGGACAUCAGAGACGGUGUUUGUGCCUCUGACGAUCGGCGGCGGUAUCCGCGACACAGUCGACGUCGAUGGGACAAAGGUCUCGGCGCUAGAAAUCGCGACCAUGUAUUUCAAGAGCGGAGCCGACAAAGUGUCGAUCGGGAGUGAUGCGGUGCUGGCUGCGGAGGAGUAUUACAGGGGUGGGAAGGUACUGUAUGGCAACACCGCCAUCGAACAGAUCAGCAAGGCGUACGGCAACCAAGCUGUGGUCGUCAGCGUCGACCCCAAGCGAGUCUACGUUCCCAAGCAGGAGGCUACACGCCACGCCACCAUCAAGACAAAAUCUACUGGGCCUAAUGGGGAGGAGUACUGCUGGUACGCUUGUACCAUCAAAGGCGGCCGGGAGACGAGGGACUUGGACGUUGUGGAGCUUACCCAGGCAGUCGAGGCCAUGGGUGCCGGAGAGAUCCUCCUGAACUGCAUCGACAAAGACGGCACAAACAGCGGGUUCGACCUGGAGCUGAUCACACAAGUCAAGGAGGCCAUUAGGAUACCGGUCAUCGCCAGCAGUGGAGCAGGCAAUCCCGGCCACUUCCUCGAAGUCUUCCAGGAGACAACGACGGAUGCUGCCCUCGGAGCCGGCAUGUUCCACCGAGGAGAAUACACCGUGCAGCAGGUAAAAGAUCAUCUCAGCGAGAAAGGACUAGCUAUUAGGAAGUUUGAGGGUGAUCUGUGA